AUCAUUCUCACUAGAUUUUCACGGCUCUCUGCCUUUCAUUACACUGCAACCAAAAUGCCUCUUUACAACGUCACCCUGAAGAAGGACUCUCCCCCCGAGGAGUUGGAGAAGGCCAAGCAGCAGGCCACCGAGAAGGGCGGCACCAUCAAGCACGAGUACUCUCUCAUCAAGGGCUUCACUGUUGAGUACCCCGAGGACAGCGUCCUCUCGCUCGAAGCCAACGAACACGUGCAUGUCGAGCAGGACGGCGAGGUGCGCACUCAAUAAACGCCCUCCGACUUUCCCUCUCACUGGACUUGCGGACCCAAUGAAGGGAGAUCAAAGGAUGUGUGUCAUGUACGAGUUAUGAAAUCAUUAUAGUUCACUGUAGAGCAAGGAGGCUUAGCAUCAUGAGUGUGAGGACCGGAUUGUCCCGCUGUGCGGUGAUUCCAAGCUGAGCACGGUGUUGUGUCGUUUGCUUCUUUUCUCUUUUUAUUUUUUUAUCAAUGAUAACAUACAUCGAUUGCAC